GUUCUAGCCCCGCCCCCGUGGGAACCCGGAAGUGUGAGAGACGCAGGAACCCGCGGGGAUCAUGGGCAUCACCAAACUGGCUGAUCUGAUCCGCGCGGAGGCUCCCGACUCGAUCUCCCACAGGGACAUAAGCGACUAUGCAGGAAAAGUCAUUGCUCUGGAUACUUCUGUGGUCGUGAACCAGUUUCGGGCUGCAACACCUUUGUCCAGCCCUCUGAGAGGUCUCUUCUUCCGAACGCUUACCUUCCUGGAACAUGACAUAAAGCCGGUCUUUGUGUUUGACGGAAAGCCUCCGGUGGAGAAGCUUCCUCUGCUGGAGAAGCGUGCAGAGGCAGCCGGUUGGAGCCGUCCGCUGCGCACAGGCAUAGCCUCAUCCCAGACCAGAGACUGUCUGGAGGUCCUGAAGCAUCUGGGCGUACCUGUCGUCCAGGCUCCAGGGGACGCUGAGGGGCUGUGCGCCAGUCUAGUGAGGGAGGGGAGGGCCCACGCUGUGGCCUCCGAGGACAUGGACACGCUGCCGUUCGGAGCCAACGUCCUCAUCCGCCAGCUGAACGCCAAGAAGGACAGUGAAAUCGUUGAGUAUUCCUUACCAAAGCUGCUGGAGGCACUCCGCAUCAGUCUAGAGGAGCUUGUGGAUCUCUGUAUUUUGCUGGGCUGCGACUACUGUGACAAGAUACCUGGUUUGGGUCCGAAGAGAGCUCUGGCUCUGAUCCAGAAGCACCGCACCAUUGAAAAUGUGCUUCUGAACAUCAACAGAGAGACUCAUCCUGUGCCGCACCUUUGGAAAUUCAAAGAGUCCAGGCAGAUCUUCCUGGAUCCACCAGGCCCCCCGACUCCGGAGCUCGUCUGGACCGAGCCCGAUGAAGAAGCCCUGGUGAAGUUUCUCCGUCCCAUCAUGAAGGAGGAGAGGGUCCGCCAUCGAAUGGAGACGUUUCGAGAAAAGCGAAGAGACCUACGAGAGGAAAGGGAGAAGGAGAAGGCCGCUGGACACUGCAGGCAGACUCGCAUGGUCGACUUCUUCAGAAUCACAAGGAAGAGAAACCAGCCUGUGGAGCCCUCAUCCUCGGGAAGUAAAAAAACCAGGUCAAAGUGAUGGUUUCUGCUGUGGAACACCAAGCAGGUUUUAAAUCAGUGCAAGCAUUUAACCAGCAGGGUCUCCGCUCUCUAAUGCCCUCAUGGUCUUCGUCUGCAGUUUCAGGCUGGAUUUUGUUGACAGAAAUAUUACGAUGACACCUGCCUGCUUUUUAUGUAGUCUUCACGUGAAUCAUGGUUUUCACAGCAUGAAUGGUGCAAACGUCAUAAAGACGCUGUGUGAUCUUCAGCUCGACGCCUCCCCGGCAGUCUGAGCAUCAAAUCCUGAGGAGGCAGGAGGACGACUGAAAGAGAACAGCGUUGUCUUUGUCUGGGAACUGGGAGGAGGCUGUGUCUCCUCUCUGGACUUUCACAGAGCACCUGGUGGGUGGAGAGCCAAGGCGGACUCUGGAGACCUGAAUGUUAACAUGUUUAAAGAAAAAAAAGAGAAAAUUCAUGUCAAAUUUUGUUUUUGAUUUUGUUUGGCUUUUAUAAAAAGGUUAGGAUUUUGUGCUC